AUGCCGGGGCGGGUGCUGCAUACCAUGGAACCUCUUGCUGCUGGGGUUGCGGCUGACAGAUUUUGCAGCCAGUUCCUCUCCAGCUGCAGCAGCAGCAGCAGCAGCAGCAGCGGGAACAUCCCGUCUGCUGCUCUUUUUUUCUUCGGAUGCGCCGACCCCCAGCUGCUGCGAGCUGCCUCUGCAGCAGGAGGGCUGCAGCAGGCGGCAGCACAGGCAGCAGCUCUAGCAGUGCCACUGCAGCAGCAGCAGCAGCAGCAGCAACAGCCGCAGCUGGUGGCAGCCAUCAUCCUGGGUGUUUCUGUCUCUGCUGCGGAGGCAGUUAUGGGGCCAGACGCGGGAGCAGCAGCAGCAGCAGGAGCAGCAGCAGCAGCAGCAGCAGCAGAAGGGGAAACCUUGCUCAGCUGCCCUUUGUCUGCUGGGCACCAUCAACAGCAGCAGCAGCAGCAGCAGCAGCACUUGUCAGCUGCCCUGCUCUGCGCAGUUUCUCCGGGCGUAUGCCGCGUCGAGACGAAGUUGCUGCUGCAGGACGUGCAGCCGCGCAUGCUGGUUUGCGGGAGGCCCACUGCGAAUGAAGGCACCACAGCAGCAGCUGCUGCCGCUGCAGCAGCACCAGCAGCAGCAGCAGCAGCAGCGGAACCCCCCAAACUGGUGUCCCCUUUGAUGCUGCUGCCGGCCGCAUUCUUUUCUGGCUGCGACUCUGUGCUGCUGCAACGCCAGGGCCUCUUAGCCGUUGCUGCGACGGAGCGCAUUCUUCCGAUCUUUAAGGUGGUGUACAGUUAA